AUGGUUUUGACCACCCUUUUGUUGCUUGUGAGGGAUGCCAAUUCUAUCGAGGAUAUAAUCACAAUGGACGAACUUGUGGACACAUUUACAGACACCCUCAUCUCGUGGAAUGAUCGACCAACUGGAAGUACAGGACGGGGUCGUAGAAGCGCUGAUACCUCCUCGACCUAUUCGACGCGACAGUCUGAAUAUGUCAAUGUGGAUUGUAAUCUUGUUUGCUGGAUAGAGGUAAAUGCAGGUGAAAUCCGUCAAAAUGCCCUUGUUUGUGUGCCUAAAGGUAAGGACAUACAACGGGAGGGGACUUUAGCUCGGACGACCUGUGUUGAACAUGCCUCUGGGCGCCUGUUGCACAUGAUUAUUUCCACUUUUAACAAUUCUGCGGAUUAUUUAGAGUGGGGAUUUGCAGAAACUAUAUACAAAGUGUUGGUAAAAAUGAAUCCUGAACCGGAGACCCUCUAUCUCACUAUUGAAACUCCCCUCUCCACUCUUCGACAAAACGAUUUCACAGCUCUUGCACCAAAACUCCGACGCCUAUCCAUUUCUUUAGGUCUAGCAAUCAAAAUUGAUCGGCACGUUUUAUCGACUCUAUCACUGGAAUCUUAUUCGUUCGAGGGUUGCCUCUUUAAGGAUACACGUGUCUUCCAUAAUGUGUCUGGACUUUGUGAUGUGGAUAUGCUUUAUACUUGUCCCAAAAUAGGUGAUUUCAUAUUGGCUGCGGAUAGAACUGGUUGGAAGAAACUGUGUCCUGAAAAAUCUGACAUUUUGACCCUGGAAGUACAACCGAACCCCCUCUCUGAAUGUAGAUGUGGGGCUGAUUAUCAAUCACUCAUAGAUGCUCUUCAUCUCUACAGGAAAGAAUACGCCUCGCCUGAAUGUACACAUGGUUCGGAUUACAGGCAACUAUUUCUUCUUUCCUUGAUCACGAACCUGAUUUUAACCUGUAUACUAUUAGUCCUUACUCUGGUGUCAGUUGUUUUUUAUGUACAAAAUAAUCAAAGAUACCAUAGAAAUAAGGCAUAG